AUGUCGCUUAAGUAUCCCGGAGACCUCCGACGGAAACGUCAAUCGUCUGUUUCCUCGCAUGUAUCUACCAGCGCACCAACAGUUCCCUGGAUACGAGAGGCUACAUUGGGCCAAACGUUGGGCCAACGAGCAAAAGCUUUUGCGGAAUCCAGGAUUUCGUCCUUGGGUCCACUAGACUUAGUGCACUGGUCUCGACAGUACGGAGAGAGAUCGUCGCAAUACGGUAAGAACGAUUUUUCACCUCUCAGCGACUACGAGGUUAGUAAAGAUCAAGAUGGGUAUGUGGGGUUCUACCAUUUCUGCUGCGGUCUAGACUUGGCGAGCGGGAUCCAUUCCAUCGAACAACAAGUUCUUGCAAGUGUAGGUUUGCGGAAGGCUGGUGACUUGUACUUGUGGGGACCCAAAGAAACACUAGCCAGGCGUCUUGGGCUGGCUCAACAUAAAGAAGGCGUUAUUACAUUUUGCGCCUAUAACAUCUUCCAGAAACUGGAGCUUCGGGCAAGAUACAUUGUCACGCCGUCGUCUAAACAGCUGAAUUCCGCCGUGGUAAACUCUCAGUACACCAUCACAUCGAGGGUCUCGAAGAAGCUGCACACAUACAUUGGCGAGAAUUGCCGUGAGAUCACCCAGGGCUUCUUGAAUGAGCUAUCUUUGCUGCUGAUGCUACGAUUGUUCAUGUGUGCAGACGAUCCAGCGCAUCGACUACUGGGCACUGUAUUAUACAAGACCCUAAUCAACGACAAGAGUACAUAUCGAAAGUCAAUUGAUCAGCUCGUGGACUUUCUUCACCGUGGACACCUUACUGGCAGUCGAGCUCACUAUGGAGUGGCUUCGAAUAGCGGGAUCGACCCUGCAAGAACUACUCGCUACAGAAACAGACUCAUUGAUACUCUCUUAAGGAUGGCUUUGCUAGACACAAGUGGAUCAGCGGUAGAGCACGCAAUCAACCGAAUCAGAAGCACAUACAAGCCUCGAGAAUUCACAAUUGUGGAGACCAAGCUACUUCGCCUGCAACAUGGGAACAACAAUAAUGAGCGCUUUCUUUCCAUCGUCAGAGAUCACUUAUGUGUGGAUGCAGAUAGUACUCAAGCCGCAUUACUAAUAGGAGAGCAGGUUCGUUUUCUUAUUGCAAGAGAGUCGUAUGCUGUGGCUAGCAAGCUCGCCGCUCGUGCAGUGUCCAUGCUUCCCUUAGACUUUGACUCGUGGUACAACCUAUGCAUAUGCUAUAUUUUGAGGAAAAUGUAUGACGACGCGUUGCAGGUGAUAAAUGCAUUGCCCGUCGUGCUCAAUUCGGCAAAAUGGCAGGAAAGUGACUGUGUGGAUGGUAUCCCAGAUAAUUAUGUGCUGACGUUCAUCGAUAGACUGGACCAUGGUCACAUUCCGAUCAUGAGCGAAACCUUCGCUGACUUUUUUCCUGUUCCUCGCAACGAAGACUUCAUUGAGACUGGCUCUGUCCAUUUAGUGUGGUACGACAUGUUCAAGAAAGAGUCUAGUAGACACCCUCUGGUCGGUCCAUUCUAUCAAUCCCCUUUGGUCACUGCAAGUCCUAUGGAAAUGUCUGCUAUCGACAACGGUCUUAUCCGUGUUUCCGGACCUAACUCUACAAAACACUCUCUAGCAGCUCGUUCAGCAUCUGAGCCUUGGUCUUCGCCAAUCGAUUUCGAUAGGAAAUCAACGUGGGGCAGGGUAUAUGACUUGCUAACGUCUUUAGUCGCUAUAAUCGGCUGGGAGAACUUGGUAGCUAUCAAACAGAAAGUUUUUCGGUCGCCUCAACUCCAAGUCAGUGGUAAGGAUUUUGUGGUGUCGAACACGUCUAUAGCUCAAAAAGAAGAGUGUGCCCCAUGGCUUGAGAAGCUAUUCGUUGUUGUUUACGACGAUAUCCACACAAUGAUGAGCAUUUCAGGUGGGGCUGACCCUGAUCGUCAUCGCAGUGCUCUUGGCUGGGGAAUGAUGGGGCAUGUCAGUUGGGGUUGCAAAUAUAAUUUGAAGGAUAGCAUUUCUUCGUUGGCGACAUGUGCAGCUGGAGUUUCUGCGGAUGGUGGCUUUGACUACUACUCGACGGUAAAGCUUGUGGAGAUUUACAAUGAGUUUGUCCUAAGUGAUGUCGAAUCCUCUACUAUUGACAGACUCAGUUGUGUUUAUGACAAUCACCUGUAUACCAACAAGCUCAUUGUGCAAAGUAUAUCGCCGAAGAUGUACCGUGAUUUUGUUCACCAGCUUGUCAAUGGUUAUAUGGGAUUAGAAACAAUGUUGGUACAUAUCAUGAAGCUUGUUGCGUGGGAGUUGCGGUGGUAUAACUAUGUGCCUUCGUAUUUGGUGACAAACACGUUGAUAAAACUCUGUCAGCAACGGGAUACAGUGGAGAUGAAAACAAUGUUUCGAGUUGUGUUUGAGAAAUUCAAAUUGCAGUCUGUGAACAACAAACAGAGCAUUUUUUCGACGUGGUUCAGUGGCUCAAAGAAGAAACUGAACCAAUCACAUGAGUUUCUCGACAGUGACACGGUAAUAGACUACAUUGAUGAUCUUUUGACGUGGAUUGAGGAGCUAAACUAG